AUGGACGACGCCAUUGGCCGCCUCUUUACGCAAUAUUUACCCACAUAUUUUGACUUGCUGGAAAAAUAUCAGUACCAAAAGGCGUUGCUGAUUGUGAAGGACGAAGAAGAUAGUCAAUGGAAAGGGUGGGAUGCUGUCAAAGUCAUGAUCAAGCUUGGGGCGUCAUGUGAGAGCACGUACCAUUCGAUGAAGUACUUGGAGGCAGAAUUGGUGCAGACAAAUACGAUUGAGCAAAUGUAUAGCAACUUGAUCGUGCUCAUGAAGUACUUAGCAGACGAGCUUAAGCCUAUUGUGACGAAGCAAAGUCGACACUUCAGCAUACAUUCACCUACAUUGAAGAGCAAUAGGAACGGUAGUGGAACGACAAUUGAAGGUCAAGAAAUUAUAAAAGAAGAAACGGAAUCUACGCGAUUGGCAGAGAUUGCAAUAUGUGGUGAUUUGAAAUAUUACGUUGACUUGCUUACACAAGGCGCGGAAUUUUUCUCGCUUCGGGCUCCAACAAUACGGAUCUAUUGUGGACUGGCACUUACUACUGUCCCACGUGAUUAUCACAAUAUGCUGAAGCAAAUCAAAUCCAUGCUACCUCGCUACGACGCUCUAGAUCACCCACUAUUAAAGACGAUGAAGCUUUCGGCCAUGGAGGAAUUACGAACACUGCACGCUGCUCUUCAGUGUGAAAUUCAAGUGGCAGAAUAUGAUUUCACACGCUCAAUUGUGGCGUUGCAUGGGCUUAAGUCUCAGUUGCGCUCUUGGUGUGACCAUAUUGAUGCUAGUUCGGACUACCCCUUGUUUGAAGGCGAUGAUACUGGCUAUAUUGCUGGAUGUGAUGACGAAGGCAUGCUGUUGGAUGAGUCGGAUGAAAAUUAUGACUUUUUAUCAGAUUCGAUUUACUCCAACGCAAGUUGUCAUUCUACCUCGUCACUUGUUCGAGGUCAUUUGCUCAAUCUAAGUGUAAGCUGUGAUUCACGUGGUGUUAGUUGUUCAGCGCAAGGUGGUCGACACGUCAAUACAGCUGACGAUCGUGCCGAUGAAAAAUCCUCGCUUGAGAACAACCAAUCCGGCUUUUCGUUGACCAGCAGCUUUAGUCCAGCGUCAUCUGAGACCCAAAGUACAUUUAGACGUCUAUUUUCACACAGCAAUCUACUACGACGUGGUAGUGGGUUGGCAUCUGCGCUGCCAAAUUGCCGUGGACUUGUACAAAAGCCAGGCGAUCCGUAUAUAAAUUCAAAAAGUGCAAAGUCGUCGAUGCCGAACAAUGCUCUUGAGCAAGCGAUCCUGGGUGUUAAAAAUGGUCUCGGAUGUAACGGAGGCGGUACUGGCGUAUCGCUGGGAGCUCAAGGUACUUCAAUGGGUGGAGGAAUGGUGCUCGGAGGCACAAACUUAGUGGCAGCUGAAAUGAUGGCAUCUUCAAUGAAAAAACAAGAACGUGACGACGGGUUUGCUUUGCCUGUAUUUCAAUGGUCAAAGAGGUUCUAUCGCUCUCUCGUGGCUAAAUUUACGCUUUAUUUUCAUCAGUGGCUUGAUUCUUUUGAGAAAAAGACGGAUCUUUUCACAUUGGAGCUAAUGCGAUUUAUUAAAACGCCUCUUGGAAUUUCGUAUCUUGGACUGAUGGACGUAUUGCUAUCACGAGCUCAGCGUGGAAACGAAAGCACAUUUCGCGUUAUGCUGAUUUUAGAGACGCAAGCACUUGAAAACAAGGGCACACAUUACUAUGAGAACGGGUAUCGGUGUCCAAGUUCCAGCGAUGCUUUAUACCGUCGCUCAGAUAAAAAAUAUCAGGAAGAAGAGAGCGAUCAAGUAAUGAAGCAGAAGGCGAUUGUUUUAGAUGAACCUUCAAACUCUUCCGGAGUGAAUAGUUCUGCACGGUCGCCCAGCAAAGGCGUGGCACCACUGAUUGACUAUCGCCAAUCAAGUGACCAAGAGGCGUAUCACGCGUUGUUUACGCGAAUUGACCGGGAGGAAAAUGAGGAGCAGAAUGAUUUUUCUGAACUUUGGGGUCUACGUAGUUGGCCAGCAGUUUUUUGUUAUCCAGAAGAGUCACCGCCACUUGAUCACUGGCCAAACAUUAUCAGUCUGAUCAUGGAUAAUCGCGCCACGAUUGACUCGGUUUGUCCCGUUUUUCAGCAUUUUGAACGACGGUUAAAGACAACAUAUUAUCUCUCGCGUGUAGAUGAGGCCAUGUUUCUUGUGCUCCUUGCGAAGGAAGGAAAGAAGUCGAGCGAGAAAAUUGCCCAGGAUUUUAUGCGAACUGUCACGGAAAACUUGCAGCACUUAGGUGUAUUUGCACCUCGACUUUCAGCUUUGGCUUCGGCAUCUUCAGUGUAA